CUCUCCCCCUCUCUCUCCCUCUCUCUCUCACUGUGAGUGAGCGUCAGUCACCCCGGUCUCUAACGUGGAGGCAGGAAGCGCCUGGCUGUGAUAAUCUGAGGCUGAAGUUCGCGGUCGUGGAUUCUGCUGCUGUGAGGAAGCUGAGAUAUUCUUGUGCCUUCAACCACAGCGGGAAGAGUGCGGAUGUUUCUUGCUGUUCACCAACCGUCCAAGCCUGAAAAUUGGUUUCUCACUCCAAUGUUUAAGAAAAUGGACUUGACUUUUGGGCCAAAACUGCAGUUUCUGCUUCAGAGAACAUGCAAAGAGUUUGCAGUGUGAGACCUUUUGGAUUCAGUGAUUUCAGCACUGUAGAUGUUUUUCCUUCUCUCGCGGCGUCUUGUUGUUUUAUUUUUUUGCUAAUGUAACGGCUCGUUUUCCAGACGCAUCGUCAUUCAAAUUAUGUUUUGACAAGAACAGACUUAAUGUGAUGGUAACCCUAAUGGCCUUAAUGAAAAUCCCCCGAUGAUCCUCUUUUCCUGCCGUGGAGAACUUAAACACUUGUCGAGCGCCGGCGUGGAAUCGUAGCAGAUGUUUCGUUUGCUGGACGACAUGAGCCCAGUUCCUCUGACGCAGAACUGCUCCAUUAACUGCAGCCAGGUGUUAGUGCCGCAGCUCGAUGUGGUCAAAGCUGUGGUUCUGGGUUUAGUGCUUGGCGUUUUCAUCGUGUUUGGAAUUGUGGGGAACAUCCUGGUGAUCCUCUCAGUGGUUUGCAAUCGACAUCUGCGCACGGUCACGCACUACUUCAUCGUUAACCUGGCGGUGGCCGAUCUGCUGCUCAGCUCCACUGUUCUUCCUUUCUCUGCCAUUUUGGAGAUCCUGGAUCGCUGGGUGUUUGGACGGAUCUUUUGUAAUGUUUGGGCAGCUGUGGAUGUGCUCUGCUGCACCGCCUCCAUCAUGAGCCUCUGUGUUAUCUCCGUUGACCGCUACAUCGGGGUCAGUUACCCUCUGCGUUACCCUGCCAUCGUGACAAAGCGCCGAGCUCUGCUGGCAGUGGCGCUGCUGUGGCUGCUCUCUGUCGUCAUAUCCAUCGGACCCUUGUUCGGAUGGAAGGAGCCCCCUCCGGAGGACGAGUCCAUCUGCAAGAUCACAGAGGAGCCCGGCUACGCCAUCUUCUCCGCCGUGGGCUCCUUCUACCUGCCGCUCGCCGUCAUCCUGGCCAUGUACUGUCGGGUUUUCGUGGUCGCUCACAGAGAGAGCCAGGGUCUGAGGGAGGGCCACAAGACCGAGAAGUCCGAUACUGAGCAGGUGAUUCUGAGGAUCCACCGGGGCAACACGACAGUGUCAGAGGACGAGGCCCUCCGCAGGCGCACGCACUUCGCUCUGCGACUGCUCAAGUUCUCGCGUGAGAUGAAAGCCGCCAAGACGCUGGGCAUCGUGGUCGGCUGCUUCGUGUUGUGCUGGUUGCCUUUUUUCCUGGUGCUGCCCAUCGGCUCCAUGUUCCCCGCGUACCGAGUGUCCGACACCGUCUUCAAAAUCACCUUCUGGCUCGGUUACUUCAACAGCUGCAUCAACCCCAUCAUCUACCCGUGCUCCAACCACGAGUUCAAGAAAGCGUUCCAGAGUUUGCUGGGACUCCGCUCUCCGACGCCCCGACAGAACCUUCAACACCUGAGCCCGGGACGGACGACCCCUCAGAACCUGCAGGGUCACAACCAGACCCCGACUCUGGGCCCGGACCACAGUCCUGCGGCGGCGGCGUGUCUCCUCAGUCCACCGUCCUCCAGAGAGAGCAGGGACUGUUCCGGACUGUUUUCCGGACGCACCGCCGGUGGCUCAGUACCGGUGGAGACCAGCGGGGCUAAAGUGGCCAAACUGUGCAGUAAAGGUUUCCACCAAAGCUGCUGCUGCCGUUUCCUGCGCCGUGGAACUCAACCACAGGAGUCACAGUGCACACAAACACCUGCUGUCACAAAACUCCCCGCCAUUAAAAUCCACCGACUGUCGCUGUCGGUGAAAGGACAGCCCGUGUAAUCCCUCGUGUGUUUCCAGGUCACAGGAGGAUUUUCUUCUUCCUUUUUUUUUACCUUGUUCACAUUUGUGACAAAUGAUGACAUUAACCUUCCUCCAGGGUCCCGGUAGUUCAGACCUUCAGGAGAACAUGUGACGCAAUGUUUCCCAAACAGAUGAGGGAAUUUUCCAAUUUGUAUUUGCUGAAAAUCCUCGUUUAAUCCUUCAAUUAUUGAUUUCAGAAACACAAAUUGAAAAAAUGGACGACUUCCUGCUGAGUCGAGGCCACGGUUACGGUCGACUUUUUUGUUUGUCUUGGUCUAAAAUAUCUUCCCACCAAGUUUCGGGAAAUUCAGUGGAACUCAAUGUAUGCCGAAGUUACAGGGCACUUCCUGUUACGUGGCGAAUGGUCGAAAUUCGCCAAAAUGGACGCCAAAAUCAUCAUCUUGAGAGUGUGGCUUCCUGUGGUGGUAAUUCUUUGUGAACACCAAAGUUGCAACUACGACAAAUAAACCAUCCAUGUCGUCCGAUAUAUUCACAUUGUAUAAAAGUCGUGAAAUUGUUCGGAUUAGGGCGACAAACAAUGGAGGAAUUAUAAUUUGAAAAACAUCUUUUUUUUUUGCCUCGUCAUCAAAAUCUUCAAAAUCAAGAGUUUUCUACGUUUCCCGUUAAAAAAAGGUCCAGUGUGAUGGAGUCAGUGACAUCUAGUGGUGAGACGUGAGAUUGCAACAAACACACAAACAAAUAUCUGCUCUUAAAGUUUACUAAACACAUCAGGGAACUACGGUGGCCUUCAAGGACCAUUCAGGCUUCUGUAGAAACAUGAAAGAACAGAUAAAAGUCAGAAAAACACCAUUAUUUUACACUGAUUUUACAAAACCCACAUUUUAAGCCAAUAAUUCCUCCAGGUAUCACACACCGGCCCUUUAAGAGGAUUUUACUGUCACUUUCUGAAGCAUUAAAAUAAAAUAAAUCCUGCAUUGGACCAAAUAAAA